AUGUCUCAAUGUAAUCAUGUUGCUACUCCUGUUGCUACCUCCGGCAAACUUUGUGCUAAUGCUGGUUCUUCUUGUGAAGAUCCUACCUUGUAUCGUAGCCUAGCUAGUGCUUUGCAGUAUCUUACUUUCACCCGCCCAGAUAUUUCAUAUGCUGUUCAGCAAGUUUGCCUUUAUAUGCAUGAUCCUCGCAUUGAACAUAUGGCUGCUAUUCACCGCAUUCUUCGCUAUGUCAAGGGUACUCUUCACUAUGGUCUGCAGUUAUAUCGUUCUAAUAUUUCGACUCUUUUGUCCUAUACCGAUGCUGAUUGGGGUGGCUGUCCUGACACUCGCCGCUCCACUUCUGGUUACUGUAUUUUUCUGGGUGAUAAUUUAAUUUCCUGGUCCGCUAAACGACAACCUACUGUUUCCAAGUCUAGUGCUGAAGCUGAAUAUCGUGGUGUUGCUAAUGUUAUUUCUGAAACUUGCUGGAUUCACAAUUUACUUCUUGAGCUGCACUGUCCUAUUACCACAGCUACCCUUGUCUAUUGCGACAAUGUUAGUGCCGUCUAUUUAGCUGGUUUUUUCCUGCUCGAUGGCAACAAAAAUCUCGUCUGA